AUGGACAAUGAACUCGCCCACUACGCUUUGCUGGCCCUCGGCUGUACUGUAGCAGUCAUCCUUGUCUGGAGUACUUUAUCUCGCCUAACAUGCUACAUAAGGCGAAUAGCAGGUUUAAGCAAUGAACGCCAGCGGUAUUUCGUUCCCGCGCACAAAUGGCUCGCAGUUGCCCGAAAACAUAUCCUCUAUGCGCCACUCUUUCACAACCGCCACCAUAGGGAGUUUCAGCUCUCUCGAGCUAUAAACAUGGGGACCUUGCCUAGUCGGAUUCAUUCCUUCAUUCUGAUUGGAAUUCUUGCUAUGAAUAUUGCACUGUGUACUGUCAAUGUGCCUUAUCACACUGGCAAAGCCGUAGGGGUCAUCCAAAAGCGAACUGGAACCAUGGCCAUUACGAACCUGAUUCCGCUGGUGUUGUUGGCUUCGAGAAAUAGCCCUCUGAUACCGCUUCUUCGAGUCCCUUAUGAUACCUUUAACCUAUUCCAUCGUUGGCUUGCGCGGAUUGUUGUUCUGGAGGCACUAGUCCAUGUGUUUACCUGGUGUGUCCCCAAAGCACAAAUGGACCCGACAAUCGGUUGGGAUGCCGUUCGAUUGGAAUUUGAGGACAGUGCAUUUAUCCGAUCAGGGUUGAUUGCUGCUUGUGCCUUUGUCUUUCUCCUAAUACAUUCACCAUCUCCAAUCCGUCAUGCCUUUUACGAGACAUUUCUUCACUUACACAUCGCAAUGGCGGCAACGGGAUUUGCUUUGCUAUGGAUCCAUUUAGACGGACGCAGCGCUCAAAGUUUUCUGCUCGGAGCGAUAGUUCUAUGGAGUUUGGAACGCUCAGCACGUAUCGUCACCAUCCUCUACCGCAACUGUGGCCGAAGGCUCACCACUGCCGUAAUCGAAGCUCUACCCGACGGCAUCCUGAGAAUAGCACUUCGCAUGCCCCGUCCAUGGACUGUUGCACCGGGUCAGCACAUCUUCUUAUAUAUUCCCGCCAUUGGACUGUGGACGUCACAUCCAUUUUCAGUAUGCUGGAGCGAAGAGGGAGACGGCAGGGAAGAGAGAACAACCAUCUACCUGCUUGUUCGGCGUCGAACCGGUUUCACCGAUACGCUGGCCCAGCGUGUCAAGAGGUCCACGAACUGUGUCCUGUCCAUGCGGGCGAUCGUUGAAGGGCCCUAUGGCGGCAUCCAUUCACUCGAUUCUUAUGGGACAGUCAUUCUCUUCGCAGGGGGUAUUGGAAUUACCCACCAUCUACCAUUUCUCCACCACAUUGUUCGUGGGCAUGCGUCGGGCACUGUGGCUGCUCGCCGAAUUACGCUGGUGUGGGCGAUCCGCUCGCCGAGCUGCCUAGAAUGGUUUGACGCGUGGAUGAGCAGCAUUCUCGGGAAGAAAGAGGAGAGUUUUACGCCGUUAGUGGUGCAAAUCUUAGUCUACAUCACUGGUUCAUGCGACGUGAAUGUUGUUCGACGACCUAUGGGUACGGUCGAGAUAUUCACUGGCCGUCCUAGCUUUGACAAGUUGGUCAGAAGGGAGGCGGAGAAUCAGAUAGGGGCGAUGGGUGUGCUCUGCUGUGGGAAUGGGAGCUUCAGUGAUGAUGUUCGUUUUGUGUGCCGCAAGGCGCAGGGUACGACUCAAAUGGACUUCUUCGAGGAAUGCUUCACCUGGUGA